AUGCCCGCGCCCUCGUCCACCGCUCCCACCGCCGUCCCCGGCGAGGCCGUCCUCGCCGGCGGCUACCACCACCCGCUCCUGCGCUCCCUCCAGGCAGAGCGCCACCUCACAAAGGACAUGCUCAUGUACCCCAUCUUCAUCACCGACGAACCAGACGCCGUCGUCGACAUCAAGUCGCUCCCCGGCCAGAAGCGCUGGGGCAUCAACAAGCUCGAAGCCUUCCUCGCCCCGCUCGUCCAAAAGGGCCUCCGCUCCGUCAUCCUCUUCGGCGUCCCGCUCCACAUGCACAAGGACGCCCGAGGCUCGCCCGCCGACGACCCUAACACGCCCGUCAUCCUCGCCACCCACCUCAUCCGCGACAAGUUCCCCGAGCUCGUCGUCGCGUGCGACGUCUGCCUGUGCGAGUACACCGACCACGGCCACUGCGGCGAGCUGUGCCCGCUCGACCACCUCACGCCCGCCGAGCAGCGCGCCGACGCCAAGAUCAUCGACAACCCGCGCAGCGUGCGUCGCAUGCAGGACGUCGCCCUCGCCUACGCCCGCGCCGGCGCCCACAUGGUCGCCCCGAGCGACAUGAUGGACGGCCGCGUCGGCGCCAUCAAGCAGGCCCUCGUCGACAACGGCUUCGGCAACCGCUGCAGCCUCAUGGCCUACUCGGCCAAGUUUGCGAGCAACAUGUACGGGCCCUUCAGGGAAGCAGCAGGCUCGGUGCCCAACUUUGGCGACCGCAAGUGCUACCAGUUGCCGCCCAACGCGCGCGGCCUCGCCCGACGAGCCAUCGUGCGCGACGCACGCGAGGGCGCCGACUUCCUCAUGGUCAAGCCCGCUCUGCCGUACCUCGACAUCAUGCGCGACGCGCGCGAGCUCGCGCCCGACGUGCCCCUCGCGUGCUACCAGGUGUCGGGCGAGUUUGCCAUGAUUCAUGCCGGCGCCAAUGCGGGCGUGUACGACCUCAAGGCGAUGGCGCUCGAGAGCGCCGAGGGCUUCCUCCGGGCCGGUUGCACCCUCAUCCUCACCUACUUCACGCCCGACCUCCUCGACUGGCUCGACGAGCCGGCGGCCUGA